AGACUCGGGUCGGCGCAUCUCCGUUCUUGGGACAAGUCGGAUCCGAAGAAGCUGGUGGAGGAGACCUUUGAAGGAAGGAUUGGAAUCAGUGCGAUUGCAUGCACUGCGUUGCUAGUCGGUGCUGUGUAGAGCGGACAAGUAGAGAUGGCCGACAAGUCGGAUCCACGCAUGCCAACUGCCGUCAAGCAUUAUGUGGCUCCUCUCGUCAACCCUAACGACCUUCCUCCUGAUUACUCCAGCUUGUUAGCGAUCAUUUUCGGCAUUUUAGGGGUCAUGAUGCGGCAAAAGAUAGCGUCAUGGUUUUCGUUAGUCUUCAUCGCACAGUCGCUUACUUUGAUGAAGAAUCCAGAAAACGAUUUGAAGCAGAUUAUCAUGGCCUUGACGUUUGCGGGAAUGGGAUUUUUUACCACCUACUUCGGACCAACUCCCAAAGCCGGCAAGGCUUAAGAAUAUUAAUUCCUGGAUAAAUGUCAGGUCACUCUGUUUUUUUAUUUGAGUCACUUACGCACGAGCAAACUAAGACAUACACUUCAACAUCCGAGAGUUCGAAAUUUUUAAAUUUGUAAGUCAGGCUUCCGUGAAGGCUAGGGAUCACAAGAACCUUUCAUGUCUAGGUUGAUGAGAUAACCAUUAUGACGUGCUUGGUCACAGCCCUAACUGUAUUCUUUCACAUGAAAUGCUUUCGUUGAAAACAAUGUCUAGGUUGGCUGACCAAUCUCACGUUGGUGACUAUUUUGUUCUUAUCUUAUCUUAUCUUUUCUUUUCUUUUUUCCUUUA